AUGGAUUCGAAGAAAAAAGAUGAUUUUUCCCAUGUGAGAGAUUGGAAAUAUAUAAUAAAGAAUUGGGAAAAGCUAAUGAAAGAAUCUCGCUCAAUAAUUAUUCGUUCUUUGCGAUUAGGAGUUCCAACAAAAUAUCGCGCAGAUGUUUGGGCUCUUUUGACAAAUUCACAUACUGUAAAAAGCAAGGCGAACUUUACGUACAGUCAACUAGAUAAAGUAAAUUCAAAUUCUUCUCAAAUAAUUUCUCAUGAUGUUCCAAGAACAAUGCCAUCUUGGUCUAACGACAAUUCACAGAGAUUUUUAGAUGAGUUAUCAAGAUUACUUAACGCUUAUGCGAAUGUAGAUCCAGAACUAGGUUAUACUCAAGGAAUGAAUUUUAUAGCAUCAAUGUUUCUUCUUUAUCAGCCAGAAGAACAAGCUUUCUGGUCAUUUUAUUCUUUAAUGUUCCAAUCUUCUCUUCCUCAUCGUUUAUUUUUUAUUCAAGAUUUUCCGAAGCUAAGAUUACACAAGACGCUCGUUGAUCGUCUUAUCUAUCAGAAUUUUCCAGACAUUUACCAUGCAUUCGAAGAACGAAUGCUUGAUAGCACAAUUUUUACUCCAAUGUGGCUAAUGGUAUGUUUUCUGUCUGGAAACUUUGGGUUGGAACUUUCAACAUUUAUUUUUGAACAGUUCCUUGCUUUCGGUGUUGCUCCUCUCCUUUCAUUUGGCUUAGGCAUUUUAGAAAUCCAUAAAAACACAUUAAGGAAUGAUGGAUUUGAAGAAUUACUACAUGUACUUACAAAUCCUGGUAGUUCUCCUUUAAUGAAAGAUAAACAGCGGAUAAACACCGCAUGGGAUAAGAUGUGGAUAACAACCAAAAAAUAUCAUGAGUUAUUGAAAGAAGUUAUUGAAGAAGAGAAAAAGAAAGACUCACAAAUCAUUAAAUAUAUUGCUCAAGAAGAGCAAAUCCUUCCUGCAUAG